UUACGUCUGUUACAUGAGUAACUCGUGCGUGAUUAAGUGAUUAUUGAAAACGUCCUAUAUUUUAGUAAGGUAAAUAACGUGUUCUUGACAUUUUUUUAUGUAAAAAAUGUGGACAUAAAAAUAAAUAGCACUCGUUAUAUUAAUUAGUGAUCACUUUAAAAUAUAAAUUGGUCACUGAAACAAGGCAUGAGAUUUUUGAGGUUAAUAAAGAGCCGGAGAACAUUUAUCCUAAUUUGAAAAGUUUAAAUAAAAUAGUGAGAAUUCAAUGUCUGUCAAAAUGUAUUUGCGUCCAAUAUCAUUAUUAUAUAUAAGGACAGCACAGUUGUGUACAACAUUUCAAAAGCCUGUUUUGAAGCAGCAUAAACAUAUACAACUUCUUCACAAAAGUUUAGACGAAAAAUUUGGAGAUAUGUUCACACAUACCAAUAUUAGCAAAGAAACAUGGGAAAGUAUAAGAAAGUAUAUGAUGGAGACAGAGUUACAUCCAUCAAUUGUUGAUUCUGUCAUUCUAAAGCUAUUUAAAAAUAAAAAUUUGGUAGAUGUUGGCAUAUUAUAUUAUAAAUUUUUAGUAAACAAUAACUGCCAUUUGAAUGUGAUUACACAAACUACGUUUUUGGAAUUGUAUGAACAUAAAAUAUCAAUUGAUGAAACAGACAAAGAAUAUGUUUUAAAUUUAUACAAAUAUUUUAUAAGUGAGUAUUCGUCACUUGAAAUAAACAUGAGUACUGCUCUUGUUGUAAGCUUAUGUAAAAUUGGUGAAAGUAAGAAAGCUAUGGAAAUUAUAGAAAGAUUUGAAAGAAACGAUCAGAUAUUUCUUCGUGUUGCAUAUGAUGUAUUAAUUUCACAUUUAUAUGAUUGUGGAGAAGCAGAUAAAGCAUAUGAAUAUUUACUUAUUUCAUUCAAAAAAGGUCCAGGACCUCUAAAUGGUUCAUAUAUCUCAUAUUGGAAAUAUCAUUCAAAAGAUAGGUGUACAUUUACUCAAAAAGUUGAGAGGUUAUUUUCUUUGUGGAGGAAAUAUGGUAUUAAACCAUCUGAGGAAUCUAUACGGAAAUGUAUGAUGAUUUGCAAUGAUCUUGGUUGGUCUGCCAAAUUAACAAAAUUAGAUGGAUUAAAAUGUACAGUAUGUAAGCAAGAACUGUCACAGAUUUUAUCCAAGAAGGAUUAUGAGCGCUUGUGCAAAGUUGUCAAAGAAAAAUUGAUUUUUGAUAAUCUGUAUAUUGUUUCCAAUCCAAAAGAAGUACAAAAUUUUAUAAAAUACAUUGAGAAAGGAACACCAUAUGAUAUUAUUGUUGAUGGGUUAAAUUUUAUUUGUAGGUCGUUUGGUAGUUACAAACAGUUGCAACGACUUAUUGUGAAACAAGCAGGGGAAGGCAAAAAGGUACUAGUCAUUGGAAGAAAACAUAUAAAGAAGCAUAUAAUAGAAAACAGUUUGGCAAACUAUUUCUAUGUUGAUAACAUGUCAAAAGAUGAUCUGUUUGUAUUAUACGCAGCAUUGUCAAGUGGACCAAAUGCUAAAGUUAUUUCUAACGAUUUAAUGCGCCAGCAUGAAUUUAUUAUUAAUGAUGUUGAACUGCAGACUCUCUUUAAGAAAUGGCAAAUAGCGCAACAAUACAGUGUACAAUCAAGUUAUAAUCUGCAACAAUUAACUAAAAUCAGUACACCUAUUGAUGCAAUUGUACAGAAGCAAUCCAAUUGCUGGCAUAUACCAUAUAAUAUUGAUGAUUGUCAACCUAGACAAAGACAUAUAUCUAACGAUGACUGGGCAUGUUUCAACACGUGUCCAUGA